AUGUCGUACAACCUGUCGUUCGAGCCGCAGUGCCGGGACCCGUACCUCGGCCCCAGCCUGGCGCAGACCUGCGUGGGCUCGCAGUUUCUCGUGUUCAUGACCAUCCUCGACAGCCUCGUCCGGGCGAAGCGCGAGGUUUCACGGCUCUGCGAACGCGUCGCGCCCACGGAUCCUGCGGACUACUAUUACGACUUCAUCGUCGUCGGCGGUGGCACCGCAGGGGCGGUGGUGGCGUCGCGGCUGAGCGAAGUGGCCGAGUGGAAGGUGUUGCUGGUGGAGGCGGGGCCAGACGAGCCACCGGGGACGGACGUCCCGAGCAUGGUGGCGAUGUUCCUGGGCACGGAAAUCGACUGGCAGUACCGGACGGUGAACGAGCGCACGGGGUGUCUGUCGACGGGUGGCUCGUGCAGCUGGCCCAGGGGUAAAAACCUCGGUGGCACGAGCUCGCACAACGGCAUGAUGUACAUCAGAGGCCACGCCAGGGAUUACGACGACUGGGCGGCCCUCGGCAACCCUGGCUGGACCUGGAAGGAGGUACUUCCCUACUUCCUUUGUUCCGAGAACAAUACCGAGUUACCUCGAGUCGGGCGAAAACACCAUACCCAAGGUGGGCCUUUGAACGUCGAGCGUUUUCCCUGGCAGCCGGCCAUCACGGCGGACAUCCUUUACGCGGCGGCCGAGCUCGGCUAUCCCAUCAGCGAGGACCUGAACGGCGACCGGAUCGUUGGCUUCACCGUGGCCCAAAUGACGAACCGCAAUGGCGUGCGAGCCAGCAGUGCCUCGGCUUUUCUCCAGCCCGCACGGACGAGAGGCAAUUUGCAUGUCCUGCUCAAUGCCACGGCCACGAAAAUCAUCGUUGAGAAUCAGCGAGCCGCAGCCGUGCAGUACUUCAAGAACGGCAAGUUCCACCUCGCCAGGGCCACCAGAGAAAUCGUAGUCUCGGGUGGAGCGGUGGGCUCACCGCAUCUACUGUUGCUGUCGGGCAUCGGACCCAAGGAGCACCUGCGCGAAAAGAACGUGAACGUUGUCAAGGACCUACCGGGUGUCGGGCAAAACCUCCAGAACCACGUGUCCCACACCGUAUCGUUUACCAUAAAUGAGCCAAAUGCGUACGAUCUGAAUUGGGCCGUGGCCACCGAGUACAUAGCCUUUCAGCGGGGCCCUAUGACCUCGACCGGCCUUUCGCAGAUAACGGGUGUCUUGCCCUCCAGCUUCACCACUUUCGAUCAUCCCGACAUUCAGCUGUACUUUGGUGGUUACCAGGCGGCUUGUGCCACAACAGGAGAAGUUGGAGCUCUACUGGACAACAACAAACGAAGCAUUAGCAUAUCACCGACAAACUUGCACCCGAGGAGCCGAGGUACACUUCGACUAGCCAAUAACAAUCCGUUCGUGUACCCAAUAAUCACGCAAAACUACCUAAGCCACCCGAUAGACAUAGCCAUUCUGGUUCAAGGAAUACAAGUUGCGCUUUCCUUGGCCAAUACGACGGUAUUGAGGAGGUACAAUAUAUCUCUUACGAAUCCACCGAUUCCUGCUUGUUCGCGGUAUCCAUACGCAAGCAACGAGUACUGGAGCUGUGCCGUCAUGCAAGACACGGGCCCUGAAAAUCAUCAGGCAGGCUCGUGCAAAAUGGGACCACCUUCCGAUUCAUGGGCUGUUGUCGAUCACGAGCUGAGGGUUUAUGGCGUCAAGGGCUUACGAGUGGCCGAUACGUCCAUCAUGCCAAGGGUUACAUCCGGCAAUACGGCAGCACCGGCGAUGAUGAUUGGAGAGAGAGCUGCCGCUUUUAUUAAAAAAGACUGGGGCACCAAGGCCACUCAAUGUUCCUACUUUUCAAAAGACAAUUCGCUGGAUCUACUCCGGUGGGGCAUCAAAUAUCUCAAUCUAAAGGAAGACAUAUGGUGA